AUGGAUGCACAACGGAGCACUGAUCCAAUUCUUGAUCUGGCUAUCGCAGCACAACACGCUGAUGCUGAACUGCACACAAUAACGUCUCAAUUUUCAUGUUCCGCGGCAGUGACAACCCACAUGAUGACGGCCCUUGCGACGGACAAGGAUGAUGAAAGUGAAAACGAAAGCUCUGACGACGAGGUGAUCAAUUUAACAGGAAGUCAAUUUGCAAAGACAAAGACGACAAGCGAGUGCUCGAGUAGUGACAGUGAUGAAGAGAUUGAGAAUACUGUUACGCUGCGCGCUGAGAUUGAAUCGGCCAUGGAGAAAGAAAACAACAAGGCAAGCGCUCCAUUGACGACGGAGCACGAAAUUGUAUUGGCUCCUGUACGUGAAUUUGAAGUGGAGCUGACAGUCAGUUGCCCAAUUGAGCAGUGCGGUAUUAUUUUAAAUGUAAGCGUGUCCAGACUUAUGAUGACUGUGAAGUCAAAUCCGAAUACCAAGCCGUUGGACGAAGGAAGCGUGCUGUGUCUCGAGGACCGCACAGUGCUUGGGUGCGUCGACGAGGUAUUUGGUCCGGUGCUGAUGCCCAUGUAUCUCAUUCGCUUUAAAAGUGCUGACAAAAUACCUAAGACGAUGAGCGUGAAUACUGCAGUCUUCUUCGCGAAGGAGCACACGACCUAUAUUGUCCCAGAUAAAAUCAAGGACAAAGGCACGGAUGCUUCGAACAUUUUUGACGAAGAAGCGAAUGAGAUUGAGUUCUCUGACGACGAAGCAGAAGCUGCAGCAAAGCGGAGCAUUCGCAAGCGCAAUCGAGGCGGUGUAUUACCUGCUAGUAGUGAAAGUUCCGGCUCUGCAUCAGUAAUUGGAGGACAUCGAGGUCGCAGCGGACGCGACGGGCGCACCAGCUAUCGACAGGGACGUCAUGCUACUAGCAGACAGCAGUCACCGAUGCCGCCAAUUCAUACAAUACCCACUAUACCUGCAAUGCAGACACAACCAUUUGGAGGUGUCACCAAAUAUACUCAGUCAGGUGGGCAUGGCAUAGCAAGACCUUUUGUGCAUGGAAGUAUAAAUUACACGUCACCUCGGGGUCAUCAACCGCAAUACAGUGGAGUUCGUGCGUCACAAGGGCACAUUUCCGCACACUGCCACUAUCAGCCACCCCUACCACCACAGUAUAAUGGACACAAUGUGCCUUUCUUCCCUCAGCACGGUGUCUAUCAGCAAUACUUCCCUGGAUCAAGUGCUCCUAACGGCCAGCUGCUAUUACCACCUCAGCCACCCUUCUUCCCCCCACCGCCUGUACUUUAUAGUCAGCCAUCACAAUUCAAUCAACAGUCGCGCGGGGCUCCUUCGCCGCCCCUAGUAUAUCAUGCAGGCGAACAGCAGAAUCAGAAUCGAUCUUCUGACCAGCGGCGUCGCUAA